UUACAGAAUCCACAUGUCAUGCAGGAUGGAGCGAGUGACGAACGUGGACACUCCAAAGCCUCUUCUUGCUACUCUUUCAUAGCAAUCAGCCGCUCAAAAUCAAACCACAAAAAUCAAUCCAUCUUCCCCUGAUGAACGGUUCAGAUUCCCUCUAUAAUUUCUUCAUUUUAUUAAAAAAAAAAACAAAGGAAUGUCAACAGUUUGACUGUUUGAGAAUCUGUUUUAUAAGUAGUUAAGCAAUGGCCGUUUACAGUGUAAGCAUAGGAACAUAUAUUCCUUGGACAACCCAAUUCUGUUUCAGUCCCAAAUCCAAGGCUUUUGGUGUUCUUAACAAACCCAGAAAAGUUCCCUUCUCAGUUCGAUCAAUGGGUUCUUCUGCGUCUUCCCAGAGAAUGGAUUCUUCUGCUUCUUCCCAGAGACCCGACAACGUUCAAGAGGCUGGUGCAGUUGACUAUGCUUCUUUAAGUAAUGAAGAAUGGAAGAAGAAGCUUACACCUGAACAAUUUUACAUUACUCGACAAAAAGGGACUGAAGGAGCUUUCACUGGAGAAUACUGGAAGACAAAAACACCUGGAACUUAUCAUUGCAUAUGUUGUGACACGCCACUUUUCGAAUCAUCGACUAAAUUUGAUAGCGGAACUGGUUGGCCAUCAUAUUAUCAGCCUAUAGGAAAGAAUGUGAAUUCAAAGUUAGAUCUGUCAAUAAUUUUUAUGCCUCGCCAAGAAGUUCUUUGCGCUGCUUGUGGUGCUCAUCUGGGCCAUGUCUUUAAUGAUGGUCCUCCACCUACGGGAAAGCGUUACUGUAUCAAUAGUGCUUCUCUGAAGCUGAAACCCAAAUAAAAAACAGUACUAAGUUGCAGUUGCAAAGCAGAUGAGACACUUGUGAUUGAGAAAACUGAAACACUAUUAGGUUUAUUGGCUUUGGUGUAUCGUAUUCAAUUAAUAAAUAGCAUGCAAUAGCAAAUCGUUUUUAUUUUGUACUAUUCAUGUAAACAUAAUGGCUCAAAGGCAUGAUAAGAUGGGAAUAUCUGAUUCUUCUGGUCAAAAUAUGCAAUUAGUGAACUCA